UUGGGCUCCACCUCCCUGACCAACCUGGCAAUAUCUUUCAGUUCAACUAUCAAAGAAGCACCACCUCCUUAUGACUGGCUAAUAUAGUACUGUAAAUGAACAGUACUGUACUGUACUUUGUCCCGACGCCCACAGCCGCGCUCCUAACUGUAAAAGAAGAAGCGUUCAGUGUAAAAACAUGGCCGCCAAAUGAACGUCACCCGACACUCUGUACGAGGACGCGCUAAUUGCUAGCAAGAAGUCAAGUGCGGCUGCGCAAGCUUGAUGAAGACGAUGAUUCCGGGGUCGGAGAUAGUAUCAGUGCUGUCACUUCACGGUGCUCUCAGGUUGAAGUUGUGACUACUGAUGUGCAACUGGAACUGCCUCAAGAGUCUAUUCACAAUUGUGUCCUCUUUGCAAGAGAUGAUGAUGGUUUGGUCCAAAUGGCAAACUAGUACGUGCUGGAGAGAAAGGUUUUAUUGGAGCUGGAGGUGAUAUUGGCAACCAGAAGACUUUGAAUGAAUCAUCAUGGGUUUCAGGCUCUUAGCGUGUCUCUUCAACCUGCCUGUUGCAGUGGUCUAUGGGUCCCUGUCACUUUUUAUUUCCAUUUUGCACAAUGUGUUUCUUCUUUACUAUGUGGACACCUUUGUUUCUGUAUACAAGAUUGAUAAACUUUCAUUUUGGAUUGGGGAGACUGUGUUUCUGAUCUGGAACAGCCUCAAUGACCCUCUCUUUGGUUGGCUGAGUGACCGGGCUUUCCUUAGCACCCAACAAUCUGGAGUAGAGAUUUCUACUCCAGAAGUGGUUCUGAAGAGACUCAAGGCCCUGAGCCGCAAUGGUCCCCUCUUUGCCAUAUCAUUUCUGGCUUUCUGGAUUGCAUGGGCCCAUCCAGGCUUGCAGUUCCUCAUCUGUCUCUGCCUCUAUGAUAGCUUCCUCACCAUGGUGGAUCUCAACCAGAAUGCUUUGCUUGCUGACCUUGCGGUGUCUGCAAAGGAUAGGACCGGCCUCAACUUCUAUUCUUCACUCUUCAGUGCCAUUGGUUCCCUUUCAGUCUUCAUGUCCUAUGCUGUGUGGAACAAGGAGAACUUCUUCUCCUUCCGGAUAUUUUGUGUGGCACUGGCUUUCUGCUCAGCGGUUGGAUUUACCUUGGCCACAUGGGUGCUAAAGCAGAGAUUUCAAGCUGAGGAACGAGCAAAAUGGGAUGAAAGCACAGCUUUAAAAGAACUGUACAUUGACCAUUCCUCUGGACAUCAGGAGAAGAGAAUCACUCUGGCUGAGUACCUCAAGCAGCUCUCCAGACAUCGCAACUUUCUCUGGUUUGUCACCAUGAACCUUACACAGGUUUUUCACUGCCAUUUCAACAGCAACUUCUUCCCUCUCUUUUUGGAACAUCUGCUUUCUGAUCGUAUCUCACUUUCCAUGGGAUCAUUUCUGCUUGGUGUUUCUUAUGUGGCUCCUCAUCUCAACAACCUCUACUUCCUUUCUCUUUGUCGGCGUUGGGGUGUGUAUGCUGUGGUUCGAGGACUUUUCUUCCUCAAGUUGCUGCUCAGUGUGAUUAUGCUCCUUGCUGGACCAGACUGGGUCUACCUGCUUUGUUUCUUCAUAGCCAGCAAUCGCGUGUUCACUGAAGGGACAUGCAAGUUGCUCAACUUGGUGGUCACUGACCUGGUGGAUGAAGACUUGGUGCUGAAUCGGAGGAAGCAGGCUGCCUCAGCUCUCUUGUUUGGCAUGGUUGCCUUGGUAACCAAACCAGGCCAGACCUUUGCCCCCUUGAUUGGUACCUGGCUCCUCUGUGCUUAUACUGGUUAUGACAUCUUUCAACGGGAUCCACUGAGCAAUACAGUGAGUGCCCAACCAAAGCAGGCUUCCAACACAACCUGGGAAGCAAUGCUACGGCAGGGAUGCUUUUACCUCCUAGUUUUUGUUCCCAUCACAUGUGCAUUACUGCAACUCCUCAGCUGGUCGCAAUUCACCCUUCAUGGCAGACACCUUCAGACAGUGAAAUCUCAGCGUCAAGCCCUGACGGAAAACAAAUCCCAAGAAAUCUAAACCAUUUAAUUUCAUGUGGGUAGCAGUGUCCGCUAGAAUAUUUGAUUGACUCCAGAAGAACUUGGGAGAGUAAAAGGAAAAAAGAGCAGGUGACAUAUAUAUAUAAAAAUCAGAUUAGCAUUGGUGAAGGAAAAAUCAGUGGAAGCUUCUGAGUCAUGUUCAGCUCCCUGCAAUGGGAGAAAUUGGCCUUGAAGAUUUCUUCUGGAUCUAAAAGCUCGUAUCUCUGAUCACCAGUUAGACUUGGCCCAGAAGUCAUCUUGCCUUUUUUUAAAAAUCACUCAGCAGUGACUAGGUAAUUCUGCCACUAUUUAUUUGGUUCCAGAGAAACUUAUUUUGGAGAGUAGUAGCCAGGUAUCAGACCAUUCAUACUUUUUCUGAGUUGGGUGAGGAGUAUUUAGCUGAGCUGUAUCCUGGUCCUUGUACCAUGUACCCUUUGAAACUGUUCACAGAUAGUCUUGCCUAAGGGUGCAGGGUUGGCUCCCCCUUCCCUUAUCACUCCUCCUCUUUGCACGGGAAUAAAGACACCUCUCCAUAAUCACCAGCGUUGGGAUUCAAAUGUGAGCACAGGUCAGAGAACCAAAAUGUCAUUGAUACUCCAUGUGGGAUAUCGUUCCUGGGGUCUCCUUAUUGAGAAGAAAGUAUUGGGGAGAAGAAAGUAUUAUUGAGGAGAAAGGUGGCCUAUAAAACAAACAGGACAGCAUGGUACAGUUUUUGUGAAACAGACUCACCUUUUGUGGAAAAGGAACUCAUACUGUAAUUACUAAUUGUUUUCAACACAAUGAGUGCACUGCAUUUGUUCACUGUGAAUGGAGCAUAAAGAUCUGCACUGAAGGGGUGGGUUAAGUCGCAAAUGUCAUUCUCCCAUCCAAUUUUGAGACUCUCAGGUAGAUAUAUUAAACAUGAUCUGAAACAUUUCCAAGAAUUAUUGAAUUUCUAGAUGAAAGAUCAGCCUUUCUUAUAAGAAAAUCACCUUAGAUUUCUUGCUAAACAAGCUAAUUCUUAGAAAUAGGAGGGGCUCAAGGGUCACACAGUGACCUAUCAAGGGGCACCUUGAUAGGUCAAUGUGUGAGGCAAUUUAUACAGGACAUCAAGUUUUCCCUCAUUCUAUAGGACACAGGGUGAUUUGAUCCUGACCUGCCCUCAAAACGUGUUUCACAAUGUGCAGAGCUACUUGAAAAAGCUACUGUCUUCUUCAGAGAAAUGUGUAGCAGGGCAGAAGAGUCUUCAGUGGCUAAAGCAAAGUUAUGUGUAUGAAAGUGUUGAUCAUCCAAUUUUUUAUUUUAUUUAUUAUUUUGCGAGAUGCUAAAUUGUGCCUAACAGAGGGGUGGUGGUUUAUCAGUUAGCUGAUUAGUUCCAGCUAAUCUAGGCCAUCCAAGAAGGGUAAGCCCAAGUCCCUGUAUUGGCUGUUUUAAAACUACAUUUUGGCAAGUCACUGGUGAGAUGAGCUGAGGAAAUGGCAGGCUUCCUUGUAGUGAUUCCAGAACCAGCUACUAAGUUGUUUCUAAGAAACAAAAUCACAUCCCAUCCACAGCCAGCAGUGAACUGAGAUGAGUUCUGCAGCUACCAUCAUGGAAAAGUUUCAGACAGUACUUCUUUAGAAUUGGGAAGGAGAAAUGUGGCAAAGUUCUUUGCUCGUGGUCUGCAACCUCUGCUGUAGCAGGAAAAAUGAUCCAGAAUGCCUUGGAUUGAGUUAUUGCCUGUUCUUCUGUAUACUGAAAUCACAGGAGGGUGGAGGCUAGAUAUCCAGUUUGUUCAGCCAACAGUCUUGCCAAUGUUGCCUUUGGAGGCAGAAGGAAUGGUAAUAAAAUGUUUACAUUCUAAAUGGUUCUAUCGCAGUUGAUAGCUACAUUGUAAUAUUCUGCUCACUCAUUAAAUGUAAUUUUUAAAGAGC